AUGUCUAAAAGACUCUAUUUAAGUGUAAAACUUAUUUCUCUUGGUCAAAUAAUACCAAGUUUACAUUAUGGCACUAAUUCUCAUUAUUGGUGGAGAGUAAAAAAUGAUAGUUUAAUUAAAGAGGGUGUUUUUCUUUAUCCUAUUCGAAUUGGUUGGCAAACUCUUUUUGAGCAAAAUAAUAAAUGUUUUUAUAUGCAUAUUACAGAAGGGCAUGAACAUAAUAAAAUAGAACCAG